GGCCCCGCCCCCCCCCGCGCUUUCCGGCCUUUUCGCGACUCCCCCGCUCCCUUUACGGCCGCGCUGAAGUUUUACGACCGUCGGGGGGCCAUGGCCGGGGCAGAGCGGGACCGGCGAGGGGCGGCCGAGGAGGAGGAAGAGCAGGAGGAGGAAGAAGAAGAAGAGGAGGAAGAAGAAGAGGAGGAGGAAGAGCAGGAGGAGGAGGAGGAAGAGCAGGAGGAAGAGGAGGAAGAGCAGGAGGAGGAGGAGGAAGAAGCAAAGGAGGAGAGUCCCGAGGGCUCCCCCCCCGCGGCCGAGGCGCCCCCCGGGCCGCCCCCCAAGCCGGUGGUCCCGGGGGUCCUUUACUUGUCCUUCCUCCCCCCGGGGUUCGGGCCCCGCCAGGCGCGGGCGCUGCUGCGGCCGCACGGGGAGCUGGGGAGGGUCUUCCUGCAGCCCAAGGGAGGGUCCGUUCGGCGGCGGCGGCAGCGCCCGGGAGGGCCCUCGGGGGGGUCCUUUGCCGAGGGUUGGGUGGAGUUUCGGGACAAACGAGCGGCCAAACGAGCGGCCAAACUCCUGCACGGGACCCCCAUGAGCGCCCGGCCCCGCAGCCCCUUCCGAGAGCAGCGCUGGAGCCUCAAGUACCUGCCCGGGUUCCGCUGGCCCCACCUGAGCGAGCGCCUGAGUUACGAGCGCCAGGUCCGGGCCCAGCGGCUCCGGGCCGAAGUGGCCCAGGCCAAGCGCGAGGGGGGGUUUUACGCCCGCCGGGCCCCCCCCCGGGACCCCUCCGAGGACUCCAAGGGCUCCACGAACCCCCCCCGGCCCUGGGGCUUCACCCAGAGACCCACCGAGGAGGAGAUUUGGGGGCGCAAAGCUCGGCCCCCCCCGGCCGCGCCCCCCCGGCGGCUGCUGCAGAAGGUGUUUGGGGGAGGGGGGGGCUGAGACCCCGCGGCCCCUCCCCCACAUCCAGGCUGACCCCUCGACGACCCCCAAACCUCCGUCUGUUCUCCUUAAAUCUUUUAUUACUUUUAA